GGAUCUGUGAAUUGGGCUAUAAAUAUCACCCUCUCCUCGCCUUCAAAUCUUGCCCAGCACAACUACAGCCCACCCACCGGACCUUUCUUUGUGGAGAUAUCUUUACAUUACUCCCCCUCUUUCUCUCUCUCUACAAAGAAAUGGAGACCUUUUUGUUUACUUCUGAGUCUGUGAAUGAGGGACACCCCGACAAGCUCUGUGACCAGAUCUCGGAUGCGGUCCUUGAUGCCUGUUUGUUGCAGGAUCCUGAUAGCAAGGUUGCUUGUGAGACGUGCACAAAGACUAAUAUGGUUAUGGUGUUUGGUGAGAUUACCACCAAGGCGACUGUGGAUUAUGAGAAGAUUGUGCGGGACACUUGCCGUGAAAUUGGAUUUGUUUCUGAUGAUGUGGGUUUGGAUGCUGAUAACUGUAAGGUGCUUGUUAACAUUGAGCAACAGAGUCCUGAUAUUGCUCAGGGUGUCCAUGGUCAUUUGACUAAGAAGCCUGAGGAGAUCGGUGCUGGUGAUCAGGGGCAUAUGUUUGGUUAUGCUACUGAUGAGACCCCGGAGCUGAUGCCGCUUAGCCAUGUUCUUGCUACCAAGUUGGGGGCUCGCUUGACUGAGGUUCGCAAGAAUGGGACUUGUGCGUGGUUGAGGCCUGAUGGUAAGACCCAAGUGACUGUUGAGUACCAGAAUGAUCAUGGUGCUAUGGUACCUAUCCGUGUGCACACUAUUCUGAUCUCGACUCAGCAUGACGAGACUGUUACCAAUGAUGAGAUUGCUGCUGAUCUGAAGGAGCAUGUCAUUAAGCCUGUUGUUCCGGAGAAUUAUCUGGAUGAAAAGACCAUCUUUCACUUGAACCCAUCUGGUCGCUUUGUUAUUGGUGGACCCCAUGGUGAUGCUGGUUUAACUGGACGCAAGAUCAUCAUUGACACCUAUGGAGGAUGGGGUGCACAUGGUGGCGGUGCCUUCUCUGGCAAAGACCCGACUAAGGUGGACAGGAGUGGUGCCUACAUUGUCAGGCAAGCUGCAAAGAGUAUCGUGGCUAACGGGCUUGCACGUAGGUGCAUUGUGCAGGUUUCAUACGCCAUUGGUGUUCCAGAGCCUCUAUCCGUCUUCGUAGACACAUAUGGAACUGGAAAGAUCCCUGACAGAGAGAUUCUGAAGAUUGUGAAGGAGACCUUUGACUUCAGGCCCGGAAUGAUCUCUAUCAAUCUUGAUCUCAAGAGAGGUGGUAAUGGUAGGUUCUUGAAGACUGCUGCCUAUGGCCAUUUCGGAAGAGACGACCCUGACUUCACAUGGGAAGUGGUGAAGCCACUCAAGUGGGAGAAAGCCUAAGAUAGAAUUAUAAUUUGGAGAAACAAAAGUUUGGUUUUUUCAUCUGCUGCUGCCUGCUGGUGCUGCUGCUAGUUAUUAGUAUUUUCCUUUUGGCCUAUUAUCUAAAUGUUUGUUUUGCCUUAUUUGAACUGUUUCAUGUGGUUUUUCAUGGAAGGAUUUUAACUUUUGAUGUUCUUAGAGAAAGUGGGGAUUUUAAUGAUGCUAUACAGAGUUGAAGUUAUUAUUUGUCUCUUCC